AUGGCGCCGAAGACGGAGAUCUACCCCGCUUGCUCGCAAACAGACGAGAUGGAACUAAGCAGCAAUACCAGCUCAAAGGGGCAUACAGGCUCCCCCCAGAUCCUGCAGGAAAUCGAGAAUCGCAACACAACCACCAAAAGGCAAGCUUCCCGCAUGGCACCGAACCCUGUCCAUGCCACGGAAAACCCCAGAGCCCCAGACAGGGACACUAUUUACCUGCAACACCAAUGCAAGCCUCGACAGCGACAGGCAGACGAGACAGCCACUGGAACUCGCAACGCUACACCUUGCUAUACCGCAGCAGGAUUCCUUCGCACCCAUAACGCCCUUCCCUAUGCUGGGUAUAGGCAGAAAGGGAUGCCACAAGCCGCGAAAAACAGAGGUCCGUGCCUUUAG